UACAUUUUAAUUCUUGAUUGAUUGUUUUUCAUCAUACCCAUUAAGCAUAUAUCCUAAAGAUUCAGACUUUAAUUUCACCUGCCUUUUGCAUUUCAUUUCUUGUGAUUCUUGAAUGGUUGUUUUUCAUCAUACCCAUGUGGCAAAAACCCCAAAGAGUGAAACUUUAAUUUGAUUAUUUAACUUACUUGGCAUAUAUAUGUUUAUGUGUGUGUAUAGGUCACCAAUUUUGCUGGUGUUUGGGAGAGAACUAGAGCCCUUGUUCUUGAUUGAUCUGAUUUUGAUCAGAAAAUUUUGUGAAGAUUGAAUGUCAAUUAUCUGUGGCCUCCCUCUGCUUGAAUGUGUUUACUGUCUAGCAUGUGCGCGCUGGGCAUGGAAGCGCUGUCUUCACACAGCAGGCCAUGAUAGUCAGACUUGGGGUCUUGCCACUGCUCAAGAAUUUGAACCUGUGCCUAGAUUAUGUCGGUACAUACUAGCAGUCUAUGAAGAUGACCUUAGGAACCCUGUUUGGGAACCGCCAGGAGGAUAUGGGAUUGACCCGGAUCAGUUGAUUCGGAAAAGAACUUAUGACGAUACCCGUGGUCGUGCACCGCCUUAUAUUUUGUAUCUUGAUCAUGAGCAUGAUGAUAUAGUUGUUGCCAUUAGGGGACUUAAUCUGGCAAAAGAAAGUGAUUAUGCUGUACUACUUGAUAAUAAGUUGGGUCGGAGGCAAUUUGAUGGCGGGUAUGUUCAUAAUGGACUGUUAAAAGCAGCUGGUUUAGUUUUGGAUGCUGAGUGUGAUGUUUUAAGGGAGUUGGUGAAUAAGUACUCAAAUUAUACUUUGACUUUUACGGGACAUUCGCUUGGCUCUGGUGUUGCAGCUUUAUUGGCUAUGGUGGUAGUACAAAAUCUUGACAAAUUGGGUAAUAUUUCUAGGAAAAGGGUUAGAUGCUAUGCCAUUGCUCCCGCUCGUUGUAUGUCGCUAAAUUUGGCAGUGAGAUAUGCAGAUGUUAUCAAUUCAGUUGUACUGCAGGAUGACUUCUUGCCACGAACAGCCACCCCCUUGGAAGACAUAUUCAAGUCAAUUUUCUGUUUGCCAUGCAUACUGUGCCUAAGGUGCAUGAGAGACACAUGCGUAUCAGAGGAGAAGAUGAUCAGAGAUCCGAGGAGGCUGUAUGCACCUGGUCGACUCUAUCACAUUGUCGAGAGGAAGCCCUUUAGAUGUGGACGGUUUCCCCCAGUUGUGAGGACAGCAGUACCUGUAGAUGGAAGAUUUGAACACAUAGUCCUUUCCUGUAAUGCUACUUCUGACCAUGCUAUUAUUUGGAUAGAGAGAGAAGCUAAAAGAGCUCUAGACAUAAUGCUAGAGCAAGAUCCUAUUAUGGAGAUUCCAGCUACCCAAAAAAUGGAGCGGCAGAAAACUUUGGCUAGAGAACAUAGUGAGGAGUAUAAGGCUGCACUGCGGAGAGCUGUUACAUUGGCUGUUCCCCAUGCCUUCUCACCAUCCAGAUAUGGAACCUUCGAAGAACAAGAAGCCGGGGAGAAUUCUAACAUGUCAAGUGAGGAUUCAUCAAGUGGAUCAUCCCAUAAUAGCAGGCCAAGGGAAACCUGGGAUGAGCUGAUUGAGCAUUUAUUUGAAAAGAACGAGUCUGGUCACUUGGUACUUAAACAAGGCUAGAUGUACAUAUCAUGCCUUCUGGUAAUAGUCAUUCAUUAUUCAUUUGUAUGUAGCGUCUAAGCUAAGCUUCAAGGCUUCAUGCAUUUUCAUGGUACCAGUGAAAAGGAGUACUUGCAUUCAUUUGCGUAGUUGUGCAUGCUUGGGCGGCAGAAUAAGCAACCUGUACAAGACGGAAUGUCCUAUGGUGGCGAAAUGGCAAUGCCAGUGAAAUAUGCAGAUGCCAAGACAGGAAGAUGGAAGUUUCAGAGUUGCCAGUCUUGGGUUCAAUAAGUGCUUAGUAGUUCCAUUCUGUUUACAUGUAGAGUAUAGUUUAAUCUUUUUGACAAUGUUUACUGUAAAAAAUAGUUGCUUUCCCUUAUUUGUCAAAUUUCACUGCAAUUUUUUAAAUAA